AUGCAGCGACGAAGAGCCACACGCACGCACACACACAGAGAGAGAGAGAGACAAAGAGACGAAGACGCAGAGAGAGAGGAGAGAGCGAAAGCAGAUGGAGAAGAGAGAAAAGCGAAAAAAGAGGAGAAAAAGGCAGCUAGGGCCGAAUCGGUUUCGCAAUACGCAGACAAUACGGCCCAGCGCAGACGCGGCGAUCUCAUUCGCGGGGGGAAACAGGCGGCGGGCGGGGCUUGGAGACCCGGCGGUGCGCGGUGGGCCGGCGUGGGCCAGUCACAGCCCGCCGCCUGGGCCGGGGAUGCGGGAAGGGACGAGAGCUUCCACGCCGGCUGCGGGCCUGUCAUACGGCUCCGUUACAGCUGCGUUUUAACCCGCCCUGCUGCUGCUGCUGCUGCUUGUUGCCCUGCCCUCUCUGCCCGCUGCCCUUAG